AUGCGCGAUUGGGACACCGACUGCCUGCACUCACAGAUGGCGCUGGUGGCGCAGUCGCCGCUACUCUUCGACACCAGCAUCCGCAACAACCUGACGUACGGCUGCCGCUCCAGGGUGACGGAUGAGGACAUGCACGCGGCCGCUCGGAUGGCUAACGCCCACGAUUUCAUCUUGUCGUUUCCCGCGGGGUACGAUACGUACGUCGGCGACCAGGGCGCGCACAUGUCUGGUGGGCAGAAGCAGCGCCUGAGCAUCGCGAGGGCCGUCAUACUGCAGCCCAGGAUCCUCUGCCUGGACGAGGCCACCAGCGCCCUCGACGCGGAGAGCGAGGGGAUCGUCCAGGACGCGCUGGACGUCGUGAUGGAGGAGCGGACGACCCUCGUGAUCGCCCACCGUCUGAGCACGAUCAAGCAUGCGCACCAGAUCGUCUGCAUGCGCGACGGCCGCAUCGUCGAGCUGGGCCUGCCGCAGGAGCUGCUCGCGAAGCAGGGGUACUACUGGAACCUCGUGAAGCGGCAGGUGUGCACCCUGGAGGAUCUCGAGGGCUUCAACCUGGAGCUCGACCAGGGGCCCGACAGGGGCCAGGCCGCGGCGGCCGCGGAGGCCCCGGCGCCGGCGGAGGCUGCGGCAGCCGACGCCGCGCCGCGGCCCGGGGCCGCAGGCGCGGAGGCUGUGGCGGCCGCAGAGCCGACGGCGGCCGCCGAGCCCGGGCCCGCAGCGGCCAGCGUCGGCCUGCUGGAGUCCGACUUCCUCCAGAUCAUGGAGGACACGGAGGCCGCCGCCGCCGCCGACACGGCGCGGGCGUGGCAGGAAGAGGCGGAGCCCGGCGAGGCCGUG